GUGUCAAAAUAUCCAGACUGUGGAGGGCAAGUUAAAGGGGGUCUUCACCAGCGAUGCGGACCGCAAACUGGACUCUCCCUGGCAGCUUUUGCGCCGUCCCCCUCCAAUCCUACUCCCCCUCCACCCGCCAGCCCACCCUCUCCCUGCCUUCCUCCCUCGCACAUACACACUUACACUCAAUCAUGAAUGCACAGGGAUUGCAGCAGCGGCAGCAGCAGCACCAGCAGCAGCAGCAGCGGCGCUGCCGCGAGAUGGAGAUCUCCGCUGUGAGUGCCUGUAACCGCUGUCACUGCACCGGCUGCCUCUCAGGCUGGACACAAGCGCGGCACCCGAUGAAGGCACGGAUGGACACUUGGUACACGGGGGAGAGGCGCUCGCUUGUCCUUUGCACCUCUGAUCUGUGUCUCAAGGAAAUAUGGUGAGCAAAGAGGACAGCAAAUGCAUGCUUGCGUCAGACUCCGAUGACUCCGAUUCCGACGCGGGCCUCGACGCUCAGCAGGUGAAGAAGAAAAACAAGGCCCUGCAGGUUCGAUUUAAGGAUAUCUGCGAAGCGCAGAAUGACUUUCGUGGUAAACACACCAGAUCCAUUUCCUGUAAAGUGACACACCGACAAUACAUGACCAUGCCGGCCAGACGAUCCAUCCCCAACGUGACCAGGAGCACCGGCGUGCAGACAUCGCCGGACUUAACCAAACGCUACAAAACGUUUCCCUUCGAGAGGAAAAAGGGACAUACGUUUAAACACGCCGCUUUAGUGGAAGAUUACCGGGGACAAAACAACGGCUUUCUGAGCGAUAUAAAAGCCGUGGGAGAGGACGGGCAACCCAUCGGGGUGUCUUCAAAGUGCCAGGAGAAGAUCGUGGGUCAGACCAAAGCUUUGCUCCAUCACACCGACGACAGCAGCGAGACGGAGGAUUUGAUUUGCGACGCCAACUGUGUGGACGGACCCUCGUGUACAGACUCGCAUUUCUCGCAAGAGUCCCGCCUGAGCAACCCCAAAAGUGAACCGGAUCAUCAGGAUUGCGGGGCGAGGACCAAACACAAAGGAUUACCCCGAGAAGAAACGGACGGCAAGCGUCAGCUGGCUACCUCUGAGUUUGUAAUGGGCCGGGGCCCGGUGGCUUGGAAUUCUUUGACCCAAGUGGAGUCUUUAGGAAGCCCCUCAAAGGCUUGCAAAAGAAAGAAGGGGCCGCAGUUAAGCGAGCAGCAGUCGCAGACGCUGCCUCACAGCGCCAAAUGUUCGGCGCAGUCGCAAGGACCGUGUCGGGCGAGGCACGCGUCGGCGUCUUCCAAGCUGCAGCGGACGCCGGGGACGGGCGAGGGCUUCCCACCGGGAAAUACCGGAGGCGUGGGCGGCGGCCGGCUGAUCAUCCCCUUAUCUGACGACAAGGAUAUCAAAGCACAGCUGCAGGCCAUGGAGACUCUCAUCAACUCCAGCCAGGAGACCAUCAAGGUCCUGCUUGGCGUUAUUCAAGAGUUGGAGAAAGGUGAAGCACAGCGGGAGGGGCUCACCUACCGAACAGGACAAGACACGGCGAACUGUGACACUUGUCGAAACAGCGCAUGCAUCAUUUACAGUGUGGAAUUGGACUUCAAGCUGCAGGAGGACAAGCUGCAGCCGCUGAUGAAGAGACUUUGCCCCCAGGGCAGCCAACAAUGUCCCGCCCUGCCUUACUCCAACGAAGUCUUCACAUCCACUCCCAAACGCAAAUCCAAGUCGGACUCUAAGAAGCACGCCCGCUGGAAACUGUGGUUCCUUUGAGUGGAACAUGAAUGCUUUGGGAAGAGCCUUUUAUUGGGCGCACUAAUACCCCAUGCUCGGCUCAAAAUGGAUGAAAGAAUAUUCCGGGGGAGGAAUCAAGCCAAGAGGAUGGAUAACAGGACGUUAGAGAGCCGUUGUUUUUUUUGGGGGGGUUCUGAGCUGAGACUGCACGUCAAGUCAGCGGAGAGAAAACAAAACAAACAACAAAACAAAUAAAUAUAUAUUUCAAACUCUGCCAAACCUUUUUCUGGCAUGUUAGCUGGAGAGGACGGAUGAACACCUGCAAAUCUAGCAUACUGCUUGGCAACAAGAGGCGCCGCCACGUGAAGGGCCUUUUAUUGGUGAAGGUGUCAAAUGGACAAAGCACAACAAUUGACUAUUUACGCAAAACACAUGACAAAGACUUGAAGUCUGGCGCUGUACUUCCCGCCCGCCUCUUUUUCCAUCCUCAGUAACUUGUUUUAAUUCAGCGCUGUGUGCAAACAAACAACAGAGCGGCGUCGCCUUAGCCAUCAUGUUUUUUUGUCCUCCCUUAAUGGAUGUUAGGCAGAGUUCAGAAUGUAUGAAUAUUUUGCCCACUGGCUGUGUUUACUGCACCGUAAAGUAUCUUCUGCGGGCUAGACUGUGCGGCGACAUGAUGCAGAAAGGUGCUUGAAUUUUGUUCGUUUUAUGGCUCAGAUGAAGUCAGGUAGAGUUGAGGUUAUUAAGUUAUAAAAAAUAAAAAUAAAAAAGAGUCGUACACGUACGACUGAAUCGGCCGUAAAAAAAAAAAUGCAGAAAAUACAGCCGCAGCCUAUACUUUGGAUUAUAAUCUACAUAUUUAUAGCAAAAUUAAUGACAUUUUGGCAGAAAAAAAAAGGCAAGUCUCUCCUAAUUUUUUUUUUAAAUGGUAUUUUCUGGAUGAGCUCACAUUUUUAGCAACACAUAUAUACAUAUUUGUAUUUUUUGGAUGAUGUGAUGCUUCGGAAGUCCUACUGGAAAGUAAAGGCUUCUUUUUGAAAGGUC